AUGAGAAACAUUUAUGGGUUCAAGGCGGAAGACCAUUGGCAUGCUAUAGCUAAUGGAGUUUAUCACAAAGGGACUGUGCAAGAAAGCGACAUCCAGUCGCCAAUUCACCACUUGUUGCACCGCUUGAUCACAAAUACCAUCAAUGAGCGUCAGGAGGGGGAUAGAUGCCCCACUAUUGAUGUUUUCUUUUUGUGGGUCCUUACUUCCAAUGAUGUUUAUGCUGAUCUGCCCUUUCAUUUGGCCGAGUUCCUUGUAGUCCGAGCAGCCAAGGACAGGCGCGGGUCCCCGCUCUAUUGUGGAAUGUUGAUUACCAGACUUGCACGAGGUUUUAGCAUUCCAGAGGACACUCCACGGCAACGGGUUCCGAGCCGUGGACGGCAAAGGGGUAAUGAAGCUGGAGCGGAUGAGCCACCGGUGGUACCAGAAGUGUGA